AUGAGCCACAGCCCAGAGAGGAUCUCGUCAUACCGCCGCCAUUUCGAGGGCAGCACCUCCACGUCCUACCAGGUGAGGGUGAGCAGCCCCUCUCCUGUCCAGAGGGAUGCUGGGAGGUGGCGUUCAGCCAGCUACUCGCGGGUUGAAGCCGGCAGAGGCGUGGUGGUUGGCCGCAGGACAAUCUCCAGCACGCGCAGCAGGCCUCUCCUGACCAGCAUCGGAAUGGGAGCUAUCUGUGUCAGCGGGGUUGGUCCAGCCGUAGAUCUAGAAGCAGUUGCUGCGGAGAACCAAGCAUUCCUCAGCACGCGGACCAGUGAGAAACAGGAGAUGGUUAUACUCAACGACCGACUGGCUGCAUACAUCGAGAAGGUCCGAUCUCUGGAGCAACAAAACAAGCUGUUAGAGACCGAGAUCGAAAGCCUCCAGAACCGGUUCAUGAAGCCAACCGGCCUUCGCGUGUUGUAUGAGGAGCAGCUGAAGGAGCUACGGAGACUCGCGGAUCAAAUGAAAAUGCAGCGGGAUCUGGCAAUUGCCGCAAAAGACGCCAUGGCUGGUCAGCUGGAGAUGAUAAAGGUAAAGUAUGAAGAGGCCCUCGAGCUAAGGAAGAAGGCCGAGCUUGACAUCGAGGCUUUCCGUCCGGAUGUUGAUGCUGCCACCUCCGCGCGCAUUGCUCUGGAAAAGCAACUGGACAACUUGGAAGUGAAAAUCGAAUUCCUUCAGCGGGUCCACAAAGAGGAAAUCGAAGAGCUGAUGAAAAAGAUUUACGCUGCCCAAAUCACAGCCACGGACGCUUACUCCCUUCCAGACCUGUCCGUCGCUAUCAAACAAGUGCAACUCCAGUAUGACGACAUAGCCGCAAAAACUUUACAGGAAAUGGACUCUUGGUACAGAUCAAAAUUCGAGGACCUCAGCGACAAAUCCACAAAGCACGUCGACGCGGUUAGAAGCGUGAGAGAGGAAAUUGCAAGCUCAAAGAAAGAUAUUCAAAGCAAGGAACGGGACAUAGAGUCAUUGAAGACCAAGAGCGAGGCUCUAGAAGCACAGAUCCUUGAGACACAGAAGAAGCACAGGAAAGAGCUGGAGGAAUUGCAGGCUAGGAUUGAAGCUCUGCAGCUCGAGCUCAAAGGCACCAAACAAAAGGCUGCUCUGCUUCUUCGGGAGUACCAAGACCUUCUUAAUGUUAAAAUGAGUCUGGAGGUUGAAAUGACCACUUACAGGAAACUAAUUGAGGGUGAGGACUACAGGCUGGCCAGCAUGGUCCAUAGUGUGCAGACCACCUCUCUGAUGAGUGCAGGCAGCCUGGGGACCGGUGCUGCCCUAGGCAACAGUGGUGGCAUUGCAGGAGGUGUUGCACCAGGAGCUGGAGCUGCUGUGGGCUCAGGACUGGGAGGUGGUCUCGGUGCAGGUGCUGGCGAGGGCUCUACUGCUGAUACAGGCAAGGAGCAGGCCAUGGAGUUGACUGAGAGGAAGACUGUGUUAAUUAGAACAGUUAAAGCAGACGAAGACACAUUGCAGAGAGACAUGCAGGAGAGAACAUAUUCCAUCUCUGGAGCCAUGCAGGAUGAGGAGAAGGAGUAG